CAUCACGGCAGCCGCGCCUCGCCCCAGCAACCGCAUACCUACCUAGCAAACGUAGCAAAAGCAGCGACCGCGGAUUCCCAUCAGUUUGCAGCAGCUCUAACCCUCGCUCGCGCAUCUUUACCUCACGCCUCACCCACCCACCCAACGUACGCCACUUUGCGGCCGUCCAUAAUGCCAGCACCGGACAGCGGCGUGUUCAGCAAAAUCGUCGACUCCGUCAUCGCCACUCUCGAGCAGCGAAGAGGCAGUGUCGACGAGCACGCGCGCCAGGAAAACGCCGUUUGUGCGGACCAGCGCGCGGGGGAUGCGGAGGAGGAGAGGCGGGUGAGGGCGCUGGAGGAGGAGGAGAGCCGGCGCGUGCAUCAUUGCGAGAACGAGGAUAACUUCCCGUUUACGGCAACUCUACCGGACUUAUUCGUUAAAUUUAUUGCACUCGAGCCCAAGAUAAAUCCAUAUUAUGAAGAGGUAAAGAAGGAAUCCGAGGAGUGGAUGAAGCAGCACCUAUGGAAGGACCUGAACGAGCAAGAGAAGAAGAAGCGUUGUGCAGCUGAUUUCUGCUAUUUCAGCGCUAUCAUAUGCCCGGACGCCAGCAAAGAAAGACUGCGUACUGUGUGUGAUUGGAUUUACUGGGUGUUUGAGUUCGAUGAUCAAUUCGAUGAAGGCGAGCUGGGCAUCAACCGUGAAAAGGGCCUGGCCGAAGUCAGCGGCAUGGUAUCCAUCCUCGAUGAACACGAGAGCAGCCCUUCCGAUAGCGACCGUAGUCCUCUGCAGCAGUUGUUCAAGGACAUCUGGCAAAAAAUUCGCAGCGCAACCGGUGACGGCGCGAGGCGGCGAUACAGCGAAGCCAACGCCCACUUCUGCCGCAGCGUGGCUAAGCUGCAUGACGAGGAGUUUGAGGACAUGGUAGUCAUGGAAAACAUCCGCCGUUACCUCCAAGUGCGCGCCCAAAACAUUGGGCUUUACCCUCUGCUUGCGCUGGAGGAGUACGCCUACGGGUUGAGGCUGCCGCGGGAAGUGUUUGAGAACGAAGCGAUUCAGGAGAUCGAGCGCCUCGUGGCGGAGAUGCUCACCCUGCAGAACGACAUUCUCUCGUACCACCGCGAACAUAGCGUGGGACACGGACAGAACCUGAUAUCCAUCUUCCGGCGGCGGCUAGGACUGUCGCAACAGGCAAGCUACGACAAGGCGGACGAGCAGCUGCACCGGUGUUACCGGCAGUGGUACCUGGCGCAGGCGGCGGUGCCGUCGUGGGGCGAGCGGGUGGAUGUGCAGGUGCAGCAGUACCUUGGGGCGUGUCUGGACGUGCUCAAGGCUAAUGUCCGGUGGAGUUUCCGGUCCCAGCGCUACUUCGGAAAGGACGUGGACCGCGUGCGCGAGACGCGCCAGGUCGCCCUAAUCCCCUGACACGGUAUUGGAUGUUUGCGGACAGCGCGCCCGGUGGUUUGGGGCUUUUAAUUGCACGGCAUUGAGGGGCAUCAGGGGAACUUGGGAAGGCGGGCGCGGAGGUCAUUGGGAUCGGCGGUAAUUGCACUGGCGGGCGGGCGGGAGGUCGACGACUAGGUACGACUAGGUACGACUAGGUACGACUACCUAAGCAAGGCGGCGGCGGGCGGCAGGGCGGGAACGUCAUGGUCCAGCGGUCCAACGCUCAAGGUCCUUCAGCAGUUGUGCAGCGUGCGGCGCGAGAGAAUAUGG